GUGAGCGGUGGGUCUGACAGCCUGUGGUGUUACGGCGAGGAGGAGUCGGGAGGAGUCCACAGAAUGGAAAUGAAAAGAUGGAGGUGAAACACCUGUAGUAUCUGAAACCCAGAGGCACAACUGAACCAUGAAACUCGCCACUGUGGCCUUUUACGGGUUUGCUCUGGGGCUACUGGCGGUCGGCCUGCGAGAGUUGCUGACUGGCUUCGAGGAGAACAGAUGCAGCAUGACCUACAUGUUUGAAUACCCGGAGUACCGGCGUGUGUCUCUGCCUCGUCGCGUGGCCAGACUGUACCCAGCGUACGGCCUCUACCUGUACGGAGAGGGUGUGUACGCCCAGGAGACCCGAGCGCUCAAACUCACCGGGGCCCCUGUGCUCUUCCUGCCAGGAAAUGCAGGCAGCUACAAACAAGCUCGCUCCCUGGGCUCUGUGGCCCUGAGGAAGGCUGAGGACAUGGAGGGAGGUCUCCACUUCAACGUGUUCACCGUGGACUUCAACGAGGAGCUGGUGGCCCUUUACGGCGGCAGUUUGUUGAGGCAGACACACUUCCUGCACGAGAGCAUCAAAGCCAUCCUCAGGCUAUACAAGCACCUGAAGACCCCCCCUCAGAGUGUGGUUCUCGUUGGUCACUCCAUGGGGGGGGUGGUGGCCCGGGCGCUGUUCACCCUGCCCCGCUUCAACACCAAUCUGGUGAGCCUCAUCAUCACACAGGCCUCCCCCCACCUGGCUCCAGUGCUGGCCCUGGACCCCUACCUGCUGGAUUUCUACUCUGCAGUGAGACAGAAGUGGGUGAACCAGGCCAAAAAGCUCAGGAACGUCACAGUUUUGUCUGUUGGGGGUGGUUACCGUGACUACCAGGUCCGCUCCGGCCUCACAUCCCUCCCUUGUCCCCCAGGAGACCCGAAUAAGUUGUCACUGGUGGCAACUGCAGUUCCCAGGACCUGGGUGUCUACUGACCACCUGUCCAUCGUUUGGUGCAAAGAGCUUGUUCUUGCUACUGUCAGGGCAUUAUUCGACCUCAUCGAUCCUGAAACCAGACAGUUCUCAGUAAACCCAGAGAAGAAAAUGGCUGUCCUGAACCAUCACUUCAUCAGACACCCUGUCAGGAUGCUGGAAGAAACUCAAGAAACCUCCGUCUCCAUCUCAGAUUUUCCUGAAGCAUGGAGUGAAGUUAACACACUGCGUCUGGCUUACAGCACACCAAAGGAAGGACAAGUCAAAUACUUUCUGUUUGCCCUGUCGAGCCGCAGGAAAGCCUACAGCCAUUUCUACUGCCGGAGCAACAACCUGGAGAUGAGUAGCUGGGUGUACGGCUGUGUGAACGGUUCUUCAUGUGUGCAUACAGUGGAUCUGUCCACAGGAACUGAGCUCCUGCCACCCUACAAGGUCCUCGUUCUGAGUCUCAGCAACUUGUCUUCAGUUACUCAUCUGCUUGUUUCUGCCUCCAACCUCAAUGGCAAACAGUUUACAGUGGAGUGCGAGUGGCAGAGACAAGAAUCUCAGACUCUGUCUGUCCCAGCACCACAUGUCCUGUCCUUUGGUCUGACUGCCAGCGAUGUUUCUGUCAACUCCUCUGGACUUCUUCACAUCAUCCAGCUGCAGCACUUCCACCAGGUCUAUCAGGCUCUGAGGAUUAAUGUGGCAAGCCAGUGCAAAGUACACAAAGAUAGACUGCCCAACGUGUACAGAAUACAUGUCCCGUGGUUUGGAGAGGACUCUUUAACCACCGCCAGUGUGCCGUCAGUGACUGAGAUCUCAGGGAUGCUACACACAAGUCGUCCAGACAACAGCUCAGGUGUCUUCCUUCUGCUCCACACUGCCCCCAACUGCCAAUAUAAGGUAUCAGUAAGGACUUCAUUACCCCGGGUGUUGGGACAGAUACUGCGGUUCUGUGGUCCUAUGGUGCCUGUGUACACAGCUGUUACCCUGCUCCUGGCCUGUAGGGGGCAGCUGUGCUCCAUCCUGAAGUCCAGGCGCUCUGCAGACAUGAGCCAGGUGGUGGGCAAAGGCCUGCAGCCCCAUCAAGUCAAUCUGCCUGUUUAUAUUCUGCACAUGUUACUGAGCUGUAGCUGGUUUCAAGAUGUCUGGUCAGUUCUCUACCUCCCCCCCAUGGAUGCCCUCCCCUCAACCACACCUGACAUGACAUUCCAUGAGGGUGGGGUACCAGUUGAAGAAUGGCCCCACCCCCUGUCCCCUCUGUUUUACAUCUGGGGGGCCGCUGUGGCGUUCUGGGGAAGUGCACUGCUGCGUCUCAUCGUGAGGCUGAUCUCUCUAAUACUGGCUCCACUGCACAGACCAUCCGUCUCUAGAGACUGCGGCACUCUGCCACGGCGGACCCUGCUCCUCAUCACUCUGAGUCUGACUGUUAUGGGGGGGGUGUCCUGCGGGGCGUUGUCUAUCUUUGCUGCCUUUCUGCUCCAUCUUUACAGAGUGCUGAGGCUUCAGAUGACAGAAAGAUCCUUGAGUCACAUGUUAAAUCUGGCCCCCCGGCAGCACAAGGAAGCAGAGAACGGCUCGGUGGAGGGAGACUCUCAGAGCAGGUCUACAGAAUGUAAUGGCGCCCCCCUGCUGUCUGAGUGCGCCCUGCAGGAGGUGCGGGAUGACUUACAGCUUCACCUCUGCCUGUCGGCGCUCUUCACGCUGCCUGUCAUGCUGAUCGCACCCUCACUCAUCCACUGGAUCCGCAACCUGAGGUAUUCCCCCCAGUUGGACCCUGACCCUUGUUGGCCGCUCUCGGUGCCUCUAAUUAUUGUGUACAUGCUGCUUAUAAACUGCAACACUUUAAAACUCAGCAACAGUAAACUCCUGCCUCUGACAUCCUGCAUCCCGCUCCCUAUGUCCAUCGCCAUGGUGACCUUCUCUCCACUCCACCUCUACAGAGUCAGCUACUUCCUGUUGGCGGCGCUGGUCCCUCUGGCCUCGUGUGUUCUGCUCUGACGGUAUCUGUCUGCUUUCAGUCCACAUCUCCACCAUAACAAGCCUUUCUCUGGAUUACAGCCCGCCUCCCUGCUGCUGCUCCGGACCCAUCUGUUCUGGAAACACGCGCUCUAUCUAGCUGCCGUGGAGCAGAGCCAUAGACAUACAUAGCUUGGGGAACUGUCCGCUCGAUGUUAGCACUAAAAGCCCCAUGGAAAUUACUCAAUGUUUUAGAAUGGGAGGAUGUAAUGACCCUGGAGCAUUUGGUGCGAAUAUGGCUCCAAACGAAGGAUUGACCUGAAACCAAGUUUGCCUUACUCUGUAUUUCUAUAGCUCUGCCUUCAAGGAGCACUAACUCCACUACCAGUGAAGCUACUGAUACUAGAGAAUCUCAACAGGGUGUUACUGUUCAAAUAUGUUGUUGUGUUUGUGUGGUUUCUACGGUCUACAGUGGCAUAGUUCACUGUGGGCCCUACACUGUACACUGCUUCACUGCCUACUGCUUAGCGAUGACUUGUGUUCUCUUUACCUAACGACUGUCCUAGCACUGCCACCAAACCUGUGUACGCGCUCCAUAGGAAAAUCCAAAGUAAUCAUGUUUACAUCCCCCCCAUAUCCACCUCUCUGGUGCAGAACAAUGACAGCCAAUGGAAGUUGUGCACUGGAGAAGGCUUUGGUGCAUGUGCAGGUUCUGAUGUGCCUCUCUUUGUGUAAACAUGUAAUUGGCACCGCUGCAGGGCUUGAUCCGGAGACCUCCGUGUGAGACCGCCUGCAGUCUGUUUUAAAGUGCCACACUUGCACAAAUUAGGAUUAGGCCAGGAGUGAAUAGGGGAAUUGGGAGAUAAAGAUUCUAAACAGACAAAUGAUCAACUGGGGCUGGGACAAAUGAUUCAUAUUUAUUGAGUGUUUAUGUCAGAGACACACAGUUACAUGGUUAAAUACAGACGGUGCGUCACUGAGAUUAUAUUUAUGUAAAAUCAUGAUAUGGUCCUUGGUGUUUUGAUACGAUGCAGCUGAAGCUGUAUGUUGUUUUUGAUGAAGUUUAAAAAGCAGCUUACUUACUUCCUCUAAGCCUCGGAUUUAUGUUCAUUGGAGGAUUAUGGGAUGUCUGUUCAGUAUUGCAGCUGAUGUACAGUAUGAUUGGAGCUUCAAACUGCACUUGGGGGUUACUGAGAGAAGUGAGUUGUAUGUCAUGGUUACUGUUCAUCCACUCUCCCAGUGGCAGGUGGACCGAUGAAAACUAAAGACCAAGGAAACCACCACCUUUCUGUCUUACUUUUUUAUUUUGUUUUAAAUACCUUUUUCCGAAUCGCAAAACUACCUGUCUAUGUUUCUAUCUUCUGUUUUGAAAUGCUUUUACUUAAUGUGUAAGAACACUUGGAAUUCUUUUGACGAUUUUUAGGAGCAAUUGAGAGGCUAGAGUUAUUCUUUAUCUUUGUUAUUGUCAACAACCCGUUUAAUAGUCAACCUCAAGCCCAUUGCUCCCUCCUGAUGACAUCAUUACAGGCUUGGUUAUUUCUUUCAAAAGCUGCCCACUGUAGUUUAUAGUAACCAUAAAGCAUCCUGGUGGAAAUAGUGCAUUUGUUGGGGACUAUUUUCAAUGGUGGAUGAAUCCACAUUUGUUAGCAUGAUGGUGUACUAUGUGUGUGCGAUGAUGGUAAUUCAGGACUAAGGUCAGCCAUUGCAACAGUGAACUCUAUGGCACAGUAUCAGGCUGUUACACACACAAUCCAUUGAGUUGCUCUUGCUCUUCAAAAGGGAUUGUUGACAGCAGGAGAAACAAUGGGAAAUAAUCUGACUAUUUCUCUUUGACUAGUUUUAGUAAGUCUUUUUAGGGAAUGAUGUUAAAGGAUGUCACACGCUUUUGGAUUUAUUUUGCCACGAUUGCUUCACAACCUCAUUAUGAUCAGUGUCUUAGGCCUAUCAUUUGUUUCUUUAUGGUAUGUGGGUCACAUGACGGUGAUUGAUCUACUACAGCUGAACUACAGUUGGAUUUCACAUUGUGUGUAUGUAAUGCCUCUGUGUUCAGGUAUUGUGUGUUUCUGCUUUGUUUUAAGGGAGACACUACAGGUGAAUAGGGUGGACAUUUUAACAUGUCCAUAAUAGGGACAUUUUAUUUUUUCAAAUGUGCAAAUGAGGCAUUUUCUCAUUCAGCACGUUCUAAUUUGAAUACAUUUCCGGAACAGAAGUGUGACAUUAGAUAAAGCCAGGUUUAAAAUCGAUUGAUUGAUUUGACAUGUAAUAGAGUUGUGUAGGGUGUAUCUUUGUGUCACUCCAUAAGUCAGAAAAUACUCAACCAGUACAUCAAAUAAUCCAUUUUGACCUUGACAGGAAUGACACUAUGACAUUUGGUGUAUGUAGAUCAGAGCAUGAGAAAUAACGUAUUUUUAAGAAACAGUUUUUAAGAUAUCGUAUUGUACAUUUCCAGCGCCUACAUUUUGCAACACAGUACAGGCGAUAGUGUAACAAAUAGAUGUUCACCAUAACACUUCUACAGAUGAUCACCUACAUGAAUACAUUUGCUUUGUUUAACUAUAAACAAGGCAUUAUCUAAAGCAACAUUUUGGGUAAUUUAGGAGAAAUCUACAGAAACAAAUGGACAAAGUUAGUCAAAAAAAAAGUGUAUUUUGUGGAUGUUUUCUUGCCACUAGUCUGAAAGAAGACAUGUAAAGUAGCUGAAAGUGAUUUCCUGUAGUGUCUCCUGCUGCUGCUCAGCUCUCAUGUUGCUGAGCAGCUGCUGUGCCUUCCUGCUGCUGAAUGCAGCGCUGCGUCUGUCCCACCGUCACGCCUCAGCAGCAGUGUCUUAGUGAAAUGAUAAAGGUCUACAGUGAAUGUGUUUACUCACUAAAACAUGACUUCAAUAUGGCAGUAUGAUUUCACAUUUGUGUGGCUCUAUAAAAAAACUAAAGAGAACUUCAUCAGGGACCGAUCCCUCUUGCCCCUGCAGUAAGCACAGUCACGAGUCAGCGUUCUCCGCUGCUGUCCCCGAUGAGAAUGUCCCUGCACAGAAUGUCUUUGCGUGUCUAUGGAUUGAUUACUGGUGGCGUAAGUGGUCAGCUUUUCUGUGCACGUGUGUGUUUGGUGCAGUUUUAGUGCUUUGAGACGCACAUGGUCGGCCUCUUUGUAAAUUGGUGGUAUACACUACUAGAAGAAAUGAGUUGAGAUUAGAUGUGUUUUUAUAUCAAUAUAAAUGUGAUUAUAUCGGUGUUCACUGUGACAUGAUGUUUCACAUUUUUUACAUGAGGGUCUUGAUUCUAAACUGAUAUACUAUGACUUUGGCAUUUUCUUUUUUAUAUUCCAUCAGAAGAAAAUAAUCUUUCUUACUCACAAGAUCCUUUUUUAACCUUAUUGUCACUGACAAUUAGUCAAUUAUUUUCACAAUUAAAUUCCUUUCUUUAACUUUAUUUUCACUGAAAAUGUGUCAAUUAUUCUCUUGAUUUAUGACAAGGAAGUCAAGAGUAAAUGAUUGUCCAAUAAGUCUUUACAGUAUGAUACCUCAGGCAGGCAUCUUGUUACUUUAUCAUCUUGUCAAUAAAAUCUACAUUAUACAACGUACAGUAUGUUUAAAAAAACAUUUCCUACAGACCAAGUUCAGACUGAGAUUUGUCCCGGCUUUGUGUCAAAUCACAGUUUAACUUACUGCAAAAGAAUGACUCAGUCAAACCAAAUCCCUUUUUAGAACAGAACAUUUUAACGGAUACAAUUUCCCUUAUGAAAUGUAUUCCAGUGUGGAAUCAGUCAUAAGCAUGCUCUGGUGUUCUCAGCACAAACAUCCUGAUUUAAGACUGUAGUACAAUACCACAAUAAGACAUACUCACGAUAAUGACAGCCAACGAUGAAUCUGUCAUUUUCUUUACCAAGUAACCUAGCUGAUGGUUUAUCUAGUACUAUGGGAGUCAAAGUAAUAUUGUUCUGUUACUACCGUUUCUAAGUGCUUUAAAGUCCAGUAACCCUAUCAUGUUUCUUUAUUCAGCUUCUGCCUACAGUGACUUCAAACCUGUAACCUCCUGCCAGCUCGUCCUUGUUGUGCACAAUAAAGUGUCCUCUGACCUUAAUAAUAACCUGGCAGAUGAAGGAAGUGAAAAUGUACCAUAUCUGAGGGAAGGUUUCUUUUUUGUGUUGAGGCUUUGGUGUGAGAGAAUGUUCUUCUCAGGUUUAAGCAUUAUUGUGUCAAAAGUGACUGCUUUGAUGUUUUUAUAUUUCUCACAUUUUUAUCUGAUGUCAUUGUAAACGGUCAAACUGUGCAAUUUCUGGCACUAUUGUUGUUGCAAUAAAACAAAAAAUAUGUAA